AUUGAUAAUGAUUACUGUGGCGAACAUUUGAAUCAUGAUCCAAAGACGACUACAAGAGAACGAAUCCUUUGUCCAUACGAUCUAUCACACACAGUAUACAAAGAUGAUCUGGAAGAUCAUUUGAAACAUAAGUGUAAUUCACGUCCGCAACCGAAUCCACCAUACUUUUCUUUAAACAUCAAUUGCACAUUUCCCAUACCUGAAAAAGACGAAAAAUUGACGCUUUCUGAGCUGAGCAAGGAAACAUUGGAAAAGUUGAUAUAUAAUGUGAACAAUUGGUUUGACAAACUUGGGCUGCAAAUUAGUACUUUAGUAUUAGAUCAUGAUGCCUUGAGGGAGAAAAGGGAAAUCCUUAAAAAUGGAAAGCAUGCAAUACAACAGGCAUCGUUAUUGGGUCACAUGGCCCGUUUAGACUUGCUGAAGCCAGAUGGAUGUUUUGUGGAGUUUGGUAGUGGAAAAGGUGAAUUAUCGUAUUUCACAAAACUUGCGAUCAAGGAUGAUGAAGGGAAGUCUACAUUUAUUUUGAUUGAUAGAAAAAAUACUCGUUGUAAGUUUGAUUCGGGAAUUCGCAAAAUUUCCGAUAAGAGAUCAACUGUGAGGCGAAUAGGAAUAGACAUCAAGGAUGUCGACUUCUCGAAACUUGAUUUGAUUAAGGACAAGAGAAUCGUCGCAUAUUCUAAACAUCUUUGUGGAUCGGCUACAGAUGUCACGUUAAGAUCGUUAGUGAAUUACGUUAAGUUCGAGAAGGAAAGUAAGGAACCCGUAAGCGGAAUUAUCAUCGCAUUAUGCUGUCAUCAACUUUGUCAAUAUCAUAUGUAUCCGAAUCAGGAAUAUCUGAGAGAAAUUGGAAUUACAGAAAGUGACUUUAAGGGAAUAUGCGCAAUGAGCAGUUGGGCGAUCUGCGGUCAAAGAUCAAAUCAUGAUGACAAUAAAAGUGGCGAACACGAGGAAAAUAAUAGCAACGAAAAUGACGAUGUUGAAGAUAUUGGAGAACAUGCUUAUUAUGAUUUUGACGAUACAAAGCAAGUAGGCCAAUAG